AUGUCGCAGACAAAGGAGACGAAAAAGGCUGUCGAGGCCGACAGUGGCCAUGGUCCUGCAGCUGCUGGUGAUAGCGACAUAUUGGGAACACUCCUGGAAAUCCUUCUCCCGGCGACAAUGUUUGUCCAUCUUUUGAUGGCUCCUUAUACAAAAGUCGAGGAGUCAUUCAAUAUCCAAGCUAUUCAUGAUGUCGCCAACAUCGGUAUGCCGGUACCAUUUACCAACGUCGAGGAAGUACUCGCACAAUAUGAUCAUGUCGAGUUUCCUGGUGUGGUCCCACGUUCAUUUGCUGGUGCUGGGUUAAUCGGUGGGAUUACUUCCAUGGUACUGGGCUUUGUUCAGGAUGGAUUGUUACAACAGAUCAUAGUUUUGCUUUCGAGGAGGGCUGCGAGUGCAUACAGCCCUGGUGCCGCAAAGUGGUAUUUGCUACUGCAAGCCAGUCAGUUCCAUGUCAUGUAUUACGUCUCCCGAACGUUACCUAACAUGCUCGCCUUUGGACUGGUAACAUACGCCCUCGCCGAACUACUCCCUCCACCUCGCUCCCUAGCCGCUCGAAAAGAUUGGUUCGACACUUCACCAAUUGGCCUCCAAGUCCUCGUCCUAGCAGCCGUAAUCUUCCGCUGCGAGCUCGGAAUUUUAUUCCUUACCAGCGUAGUUCCUCUCCUUGCAACCGGCUGGGUCAACAUCGUCGAACUUAUCAUCCUCGGUGGAGCAACUGGCCUCCUGGGUGUUCUCACGGCAGUCAGUGUUGACACUUACUUCUGGCAAACUUUUCCAAAGCCCAUGUGGGCCGAACUAGAAGGUUUCUUGUUCAAUACGGUGCAAGGGCGAAGUGCUGAGUGGGGUACCAGUCCCGUAUACUAUUACUUUGUGAAUGCGAUACCGAAGAUGAUGCUCAACCCUCUGGCAUUACUCGUUUUACUCCCUAUCGGUAUCUACGCCGGAGGUUGGAAGCGUACGACGGAAAGGAUCGUUGGUCCAUCUACUGCCUUUGUAGGAGUGUACUCAUUGUUACCGCACAAAGAGUGGAGAUUUAUUGUUUACAUUAUGCCAGCUCUAACUUUAGUCGCCGGUGUCGGCGCGGAUUGGGUAUUUUCGCAGAGAAGGAAAGGAGUUUUAUACCUCGGGUUAAAUUUGGCGCUGUUUACAACGGUUGCUUUGACUUUCGUGGCUUCAUUUGGAAUGUCUUAUGUCUCUUCGCUGAAUUAUCCUGGUGGACAGGCACUUAGGAUUCUGGAAGAGGUUGCGGGUGGGAGGGAGGAUUUGAGGAUUCAUAUGGAUGUGCUUACUUGUAUGACCGGUGCCACGCGGUUUACACAGAAUACCGUGGGGCAUCCUGGAUGGAAGUUUUCGAAGGAGGAGAGGAAGGAGGUAUUGGCCAACCCUGGGUUUUGGAGGGAGAUGGACUAUGUUUUGACUUCUAGCCCUGAAUAUGUGCUGGGCUUGUUCCCGGAUUGGGAGGUUAAGAAGGCUGUUAAGGGGUAUGAUGGUGUAGCGAUUUGGAAAGAAGGUGGUAAACUUGAGGAAGCGGAUAUAUUGUUAGGAGGAAAGCAGGCGGCGGAGAAGUUAGUUGGGGUCACGAAAGCCUGGCCGGUGGUCAAGAUGAGGGAUCAAGUCUGGAUUGUGGGGAGAAAGAAGGUAGAUAUUCAUCUUCCCGGGUUCGAGGAUGUGGAUUUGAACGACUUCAAGGAGACUGUGAAGCUUCAUGAUGAAUUGUAG